ACAAAAACAUUUGCAAUAAUAUGGUGACUCAUAAGGAGUUGAGGCAAUGGCCUCAACUUGCAUUUGCUUUAGCUCUUUGCUUGCUAGCUUCUAGUGUAGCUGCGGAUUACAAACCUUACAUUUAUGCAUCGCCCCCACCUCCAAAGCAGGUCGAGCAUCCGGUUUACUAUUACAAGUCGCCACCCCCACCGCCUUCGCCUCAUCCGUCGCCGUAUUACUACAAGUCUCCUCCUCCACCAAAAAAAUCUCCACCGCCGCCAUAUUAUUACAAGUCUCCUCCCCCACCUAAAAAAUCUCCACCACCGCCGUAUUACUACAAAUCUCCCCCUCCUCCAUCGCCUUCGCCACCACCUCCAUACUAUUAUAAGUCACCCCCACCACCAUCUCCAUCUCCACCACCACCAUAUCACUAUAAUUCUCCACCACCACCUAAAAAAUCUCCACCUCCACCAUACUACUACAAAUCACCACCCCCUCCAUCACCAUCACCUCCACCCCCAUACUAUUACAAGUCUCCCCCACCACCGUCUCCUUCUCCUCCGCCACCAUACCACUAUAGUUCUCCACCACCACCUAAAAAAUCUCCACCUCCACCUUACUACUACAAAUCACCACCUCCCCCAUCACCUUCACCGCCACCUCCCUACUAUUAUAAGUCUCCCCCACCACCUUCCCCUUCUCCUCCUCCACCAUAUUACUAUAAGUCACCUCCCCCACCAUCCCCAUCUCCCCCGCCACCAUAUCAUUAUAGUUCUCCACCACCACCUAAAAAAUCUCCACCCCCACCUUACUACUACAAAUCACCACCUCCUCCCUCACCUUCACCGCCACCUCCAUAUUAUUACAAGUCUCCCCCUCCUCCGUCACCUUCACCGCCACCUCCAUACUAUUACAAGUCUCCCCCUCCACCGUCUCCCUCUCCUCCUCCACCAUACCACUAUAGUUCUCCACCACCACCUAAAAAGUCUCCACCUCCACCCUACUACUAUAAAUCGCCACCACCUCCAUCACCUUCGCCACCACCUCCAUACUAUUACAAGUCUCCUCCCCCUCCAUCACCUUCACCACCACCUCCGUAUUAUUAUAAGUCUCCCCCACCACCUUCUCCCUCUCCUCCUCCUCCAUAUUACUAUAAAUCACCUCCUCCACCAUCCCCAUCUCCACCACCACCAUACCACUAUAGUUCUCCUCCACCACCUAAAAAGUCUCCACCUCCACCUUACUACUACAAAUCACCACCUCCUCCAUCACCUUCGCCGCCUCCUCCAUACUAUUAUAAGUCUCCUCCACCACCGUCUCCCUCUCCUCCUCCCCCAUAUUACUAUAAGUCACCUCCUCCACCAUCUCCAUCUCCCCCACCACCAUAUCAUUAUAGUUCUCCACCACCACCUAAAAAAUUUCCACCUCCACCUUACUACUACAAAUCACCACCUCCACCAUCACCUUCGCCGCCACCUCCAUACUAUUAUAAGUCUCCCCCACCACCUGUAAAAUCUCCACCACCUCCAUAUUACUACAAAUCACCGCCACCACCAUCCCCAUCUCCACCUCCUCCUUACUAUUAUAAAUCUCCACCACUACCACCUGUGAAGUCUCAUUCUCCCUAUCUCUACUCAUCACCCCCUCCUCCCCACCAUUACUAAAACAGUCACCAAUUUGAAUCCCAUUUUCAAAACAUCAAUAAGCUGUUGUCUCACAUGCAUAAUCCAUAAUGCUCCUUGAUAUACAAGUGUAUGUACUUUCAUAAUUGAUUUGUUUAAUGAGUGUUGUAACUUCGUACAAGCAUAUUCUUCAACAAUAUAAUGUUUUCUUUGAAUAAUUGGGUCUUGAAUCUUUGCUAUUUUGAUAUAUUGUCACGAGAUACUUGGUAA